AUGUUCCAAAGCCGCAGACGAGUGCCAUCAGAGGGAGCGCUCCGGGUGCUGCGCCAGCUCGCAUACAUCUCAUCGGGUACGGCAUGCGGUGCCGCCGCCAUUGUAGCAGAGGAGCGCCGCCGCCAGACGAACCUCGUGUCCAAGAUUGCCGAGAACUCGCGCCGAUUGAAGCAACACCCACGCCAUCAACAUGGCCACGCCGCUCAGCGCAGAAGAGCCGACGAUGCUGCCCGUUCGACCGCCACCUCGACCUCCGCUAGGGACCAAUUGCCAGACAACCAGCUGCUCUCACUGCCAGACGACAAGCCGCUCCCACAGGCAGAAACCUUCCGUAACCAUGUCUUACCGUCCGAGGUCGAGCGAGGUUACGCCAAACUCAACUCACACCAGCCACCCAACAAGGGAAAGAGCCAACCUGCCCACAACCCUCAGUCAAAACACCAACCCACUAAGAUUAGGCCAAAGUAUCGCCGCCAAGACUAUGACUUGUCCUUCUUCACGACCGCUCUCAAAACCCACGGCCCGACCAGCGCAGUGGCCCGCUUCAACAUCCGCUGCAACGACCUUAUUGAUCGACGCCAAGUCAGUGAAGCAUUCGGCCUUCUCAGAGCAGCCAUCCAUCAUUUAAAGACCGAUGGAAUCUCUAUAGCUCCAUUGCAUCCUCUCGCCGAUCGUCUGUUUGAUUCGUACCUAGCCAACGAGAACUAUCAGUCUUGUAGUAGGCUAUUGCACCACAUGAACCACCAAGGAAGUCCCAUCACCCACUACCUACACCGCCUUGCAAUUGCCUGUAUCGAGCCUAUUCAGCCUACGCUUUUGAUCAAGUUGAACGAGAAGUUCGGGGACAGAAUUCCUCUUCCUCGCCGCACCUACCCUGCUUUGUGUGCAGCAUACUCGACGCGCAACUCUGAACUCUGCGCCCUGCUGUUUGCAAAACACAUACGGCAGGAAGAUCGCCUCUCGGUGCUUCCACUAUGCGAACCUGCUUGGCCAGUCAUCAUCGAUCACAUGUGGUCAGUUACUAAGAACUACCACCUUGUCGAUUCGCUUUUCAUCCACAUGUGCAAGCUGUCAGAUCAUCCGCCUCUGGCCCUCUACAAUGCAAUGAUUCAUGUUUGCAUCAAAUUCGGCAGACUCGAUCGAGCUCACCACCAUCUCCAUACCAUUCAACAGAGCCAACACCUCCGACCCGAUAUUGUCACUUUUGGUCAUUUCGUCUUCCAGGCUUCUUCAGAUGCCGAUUGGCCGCCCGCAGAGGACUUGAUGGCCAUGCUGGUUCGGGCUGGAGAAACAGAAGCGCCUCCAGAGAAACGUACUGAUCUGUUCGUUCCUGUCCUCAAAGCAUAUGCCAAGCGUCAUCACCCCGAAGAAGUAUGGGCUUUUGCCUUCAAAGCUAUCGACGAAUACGGCGUUCUUCCGGAUCCACGUAUCUUGAGCACUGGUCUCGGAAAUCUCAUCAGGAUUGGCCGCUUGGAAAUGUUAUCCCCAUGGGUUGACAAAAUGAGAACCUACGACCUAGGUGCAGAGAUUACUCCAGGAAUAGCCCUAGCCAUGAUGCGGCAAUUUUACUUCGACACUAGACCUUCUUAUACCAUUAUGGUAUGGCUUUGUUGUCGUCUGAUGAACAACGUGCCUGGGUACUGGUCUCCCGGUGUUCUAAACCUGCUACGUGAGGCUGUGGCGUAUGACCUUCGAAGUUACCGAGCCGGGCAAGCCCACAGGGUACCACAUGCAAUGCAUAUGCUCAGGAUGCUGCAAGAAGUCAGGCUGGACUCGCCGAGCUUGCCAAAACCACUCUACUGGAAUCAGCUACAGCAGCUUGCGGACAAAGACCAAGCGCGUGUACCGUCCUCAGACUCGAAUUUUCAGGACGCCGUCAAGAAGGAAGUGCAGACGAAGGAUCAGCCACAAGAUCUCCAAGAUACUGUGUUGUCAGAUGAUGAAUCGUCGAUGCAUGACCUUUUAGACGCUGCACUCUCGACAGCAAAGUUCAAGAAGUCGUCAAACGAGCACGAGAUGCUCAUGGCCUUGUCGGAAGGACGUUACACUGAUGUUCUGAAACUGUACGAGAACAGCUUGGGGCAAAGCGGCCUGCCUGCCUCGUCAUACUCCCUGGAAAUGGCAAUGCAGGCUCGUACACAGUUGCCAGAUGACGCUGGAGCGCUUGGUGACCAUAUAGACAUGGCAAGCGAAGCUGGUAUGGACACUAUAGCGGCACUCCUGCCGCUGCUGAACCAUAAAGUACAGAACUCUGCAAUAGGCUCGCGGAUGCAUGUUGAUGAGCUGUGCAACACCGUGUGGUCUUUCUAUGAGAACAUGGUCAAGAAUAGUGUCACCAUCAGACAUCAUCUGGCUACAUCAGCAGCAACAGUUCUGCUCCAGAAUGGCAAGCCAAACGAUGCAAUACGGCUGCUUUCGCAGAUAUACCUCUCACCAUGGGCCGAGAAGGUACCGUUGGAUCUACCAGCCAUGACUGUGUUGCUGCAAGCAUACAUACACGUACGUCACAGCUUGGGUGCUGAGUGGGUCAUCAAAGAAGUCUUGGAAAAAGAUUACCGCGUCGACUACGCCUUCAUGACCGUGAUCCGAAAAGCCAAGAUAUCGGCCAAAUCACGGGCAUCAGUUGGAGGCGAAAAGGGCAUGAACAAUCUCAGACUGUCCAAAAUGCUAGAUUACUACUCAAAGGUCGGUAGAGCAAAGCAAAUGGCGCAGAUCAAGGCAGCAUCCCGUCUGGGAAACCGCCUAGUCAAUGCCAUGAUCAAGCUUGCUAGGCCCCCAUCGACAGACGCAAUCUGGCAGCAACAAGCACAACGUCACGGAAUUGAUCCCAUGAUGUGGUCGGGACGUGGGUCUAUGUGGCGCGUUUCCUACACUGGAAGAUUCCGACGACGAGGACGGAGGCGACCCAACUUUGCCAAGUACUAA